AUGGCGUGUGCCCAUUCAAACAGCCCGGAACUCAAACCACCACAAUCAUCCCAGGCUGUGUAUCGUGAGGACUGCACUCAAUGUUUUGACUCCAUCGACAAUGACUCGGGCUUGAAUGUAUGCCUUCAUUGCUUUAAUGGAGGCUGUACUGGUGAUCGAGCCCAUGCUUUACUUCACUAUCAACGCUCCGGUCACUCACUGGCCCUGAAUAUUAGAAGGACCCCGAGACAAGUUCAGCAGCGUGAUGAGCCGCCACCAAAGAUUUCGAAGCUUGCAAUUCCUGCUGAGACGGAGGAGGAUCGAUAUAACAUUGUGACAUCAGUGAUAUGCUAUACAUGUGGUCGAGAGGAUGUGGACACAAAUCAUGGCAUGCUACCUACAGUGAUUGAGGGUGUCAUGACAGCGAUGACAUUCUCCAGGAGGGAGGAAGUCAAAGCAUGGGAACAAGAAUUUGUCCCUUGUGAGCACACAUUAUGUCUCAUCCAACAAGAUGUCGAGAAUGCAGCAUCCAAAGAUUGUAGCCAAUGCUCCACAUGUGACUUAAAGGAGAAUCUCUGGCUUUGCCUGGAAUGUGGAAACACUGCAUGUGGCCGAAGCCAAUUUGGUGGUAUUCGGGGUAAUUCUCAUGCUCUCGCUCACGCCAAUGAGACCUCACAUGCUGUGUCCGUGAAGCUGGGCUCUAUCACCGCGGAAGGUUCUGCAGACAUCUAUUGCUAUUCGUGUCACGAGGAACGAAUCGAUCCCGAACUAGUCAAUCACCUUGCACAUUGGGGUAUUCUAUUGGCUGGACGUGAGAAGACAGAGAAAAGCUUGAUGGAGAUGCAGGUUGAACAGAACCUGCAGUGGGAAUUUUCUAUGACUAAUGAAGACGGCCGUGAAUUGAUCCCUGUUUUCGGACCUGGUUUCACUGGACUGGCCAACCUAGGAAACAGCUGCUAUCUUGCCAGCAUCAUGCAAUGCCUUUUUUCAGUAUCAGGCUUUAAGAACCGAUACUACCACCCUAAUGAGGAACUGCCAUUAUGUCAAGAUCCGGCACAGGACCUUGAGACACAAUUAAGAAAGCUUGCAGAUGGUCUCCUAUCAGGUAGGUACUCUCAACCGGAUCCCCGCUCCCACCUAGAAACUUCCCACCAGAAGGGAUUGGCUCCAUCAAUGUUCAAAUAUUUGAUUGGUCAAGGCCACGAGGAGUUCGCCACUAUGAGACAGCAGGAUGCAUUUGAGUUUCUUCUGCAUGUGUUCAAGUCCAUCAGCCUUUCAAAGCAUACUGAUGGCAAGGUCAAUCCUGUUCAAGACUUUCGAUUCCAGGUUGAACAGCGCCUUCAAUGUUUGGGCUGCAAAAAGGUUCGCUACAAGGUAGAUGAGCAAGAUAACCUGUCUGUGGCGGUACCGGCGCGUCGUAUGGCAAGCGAAACAGGUGGAUUUGAAUCUGUCGCAUUGUCAGAGUGUCUGGAUAUUUUUACCGCAGAAGAAAUUGUUGAACUGGUUUGUCCCGCAUGUGAAAGCCGUGACGGUUUCUCAAAACGCCUAUCCUUCAAGACAUUGCCUCGUGAAUUAGCUAUAAAUGCUCGUCGCUUUGAACUUGUCAACUGGGUCCCUACAAAACUGGAUAUUCCGGUGAUCGUGGAUGAUGGACCAGUCGAUUUGAGUCGCUACCUGUCCGGUGAGCAUGAUGUGCAUGAAGAGCUUCUACCCGAGGUUGAAGAAAAUAUAAGCUUCAUACCUAAUACUGGCUCUCUCGAUCAACUCUUAGGCAUGGGUUUUCCACUUGUGCGGUGUGAAAAGGCUCUCCAUGCAACUGGUAACUCCGAUACCGAGGCUGCCAUGAAUUGGCUCUUUGCUCAUAUGGAAGAUCCCAGCAUUGAUGAACCGCUGGUGCUAGAUGGAAGAGUUUCAAAUUCAAAGGUCACUGAACAGGAUGAAGGGAAAAUUUCACAAUUGGGUGAUAUGGGAAUCGAGGCUCCAAGGGCUCGACGAGCCUUGGCUGCUACUGGUGGUGAUGUCAAUCGAGCUCUUGACUGGGUAUUCAGUCAUCCUGAUGACAAUUCAGAAGGGGAGGACCACUCCAGCAGCGAUGACAUGCAAGGUCAACAGGGCUCAUAUGGCUACGAUACCUUACCAGCUCGGUAUCAGCUGCGUUCGGCUGUAUGCCAUAAAGGCACAUCUGUUCAUGCAGGCAGGCAUUAUGUGGCUCUGAUUCGCAAAGCAUUGCCAGGUCAGGAUGCGCUAUCCUGGAUCAUGUUUAACGAUGAAAAGGUUGUGCUAUUUGAGGACAUUGAGAAAAUGAAGAAGACAGCAUACAUGUAUUUCUUCACACGUCUCUAA